CGGUCCCCCCUCCGGCUCCGCGGCGGAGCGCUGCUGCUGUCAGCCAUGGAGCAGAAAUGGACCGUUGAGUAUCCUGACCUGGAGGCCGCCGAGGCACUUGUCAGCAUGAGCUUCUGGGGUCAGAGUUCGCACAAGCUCCGACCCCUGACCCCAACCUCCGACUCCUGCGACUCCAUCCAGCUCCCCCCGGAUGGAGGCCACGCCCCCAAGGACCUGGUCGCCCUGUCGUCACUGUGCAUGACUCCGCCCCUCAGCCCCAGCUUCCCCGACGCUGCCGCUCCAGGCCCCGCCUCCACUCCAGGCCCCGCCUCCACUCCAGGCUCCGCCUCUCCUUCAAGCCCCGCCCCCGUGGAGACAGCUGGUCGAGCGAUGGCCACCAGUGUGAUUCGCCACACGGCCGACAGCCCGGCCCCCCCAGCCCCCCCUCCAGCCUCAGUGGCCCCCCCUCCAGCCUCAGUGGCCCCCCCUCCAGCCUCAGUGGCCCCCCCUCCAGCCUCAGCAGCGCCCCCUCUGUCAUCACCGGCCCCCCCGAAGCUGCUGUGCCAGGUGUUCCCGGUGGGCGGGCGAACAGGUGUGCUCUCCGCCUUCGUGCAGGCGCCGGUGCAGGUUCAGACCGCGGGGGUCCCCGGAGGCCCGCCUCCCCCGGGCCCCGCCCCCGGCCCCGCCCCCGGCUUCGCCCGGCCGCUGCUGGUGUCCUCGGCCGUGCCGCGGGGCGCCGUCAUGUUCGUGGUGCCGCCGCACGGCCCGCAGACUGUGGUGACUCUGGGCAACGCUAAGCUCCUCCCCCUGGCGCCGGCGCCCGUCUACCUGCCGGCGGGCGGCGGCGGCGGCGGCUCACAGGCCGACUUCUCCCGCAGGAGGAAUUACGUCUGCAGCUUCCCCGGCUGCAAGAAGACCUACUUCAAGAGCUCGCACCUGAAGGCUCACCUGCGCACGCACACAGGUGAGAAGCCGUUCAGCUGCCUGUGGGCCGGCUGUGAGAAGCGGUUCGCCCGGUCGGACGAGCUUUCCCGCCACCGCCGCACGCACACCGGCGAGAAGAAGUUCGUGUGCGCCGUGUGCGAGCGGCGCUUCAUGCGCAGCGACCAUCUGACCAAACACGCCCGGCGGCACGCCGCCGCCAAGAGGGCGUCGCCCUGGCCCGCCGACACCCGAGACCUCAGCAGGGGCCAGACCCGGGGCCCCGCGCUUCCCGUCAGCCUGCUGGUGUCCGCCGCCCGCUGACAGCCUCAGACCCCCCCAGGGCCAACUCAGGACCCCCAUGGCAGACCAGGACCCCCAUGGCAGACCAGGACCCGGCUUCAGUUCCUUCCACCAGCGACCCGCCACUGGGAGCCGCUCCGUUUACAGACCCCCAGCAGGACCGGGACCCGGGGGGAUCCCCAGCAGGACCAGGACCGGGGGGGUCAGAUCCUUUGAUCCAGUCUCACCUGAGAAACUCCCAGAACUGCUUGAAGACCGGCUGCCCCCCAGAAGGUUCUGACCCCAACGCCUCACACAGCGCCCCGCGAAGCCCCGCCCCGCCGAAGCCCCGCCCCCCAGACCGCCUCUGUCCACCCGCCCAUGCUGUAGCGCUCCACAAACCACAGCACAACACCACUACACAACAACAGGCCAACACCACAACACAACACCCCAUUACAACAACACAACACAACACAACACAACACAACACAACACCC